GGGUCUGGGUCACAACGGGGAAUACCCGUGAGUGCGUUCAGUUCUUCUUCCAACAGUAUCUCUUCUGUUUUUAGUUAAUCUGGAUAAGAAAAAUUCAAGUACUAAAUCGUUUUGAAGAGGCAGAGACCGCUAACAGCCAUCAGAAACCUAGAAAAAUAAAUACCCCACCUUCUCUGCCGGGCACUUUAGUUGAUUUUUGGAGUCCAUGAGUGGCGGCAGACAGAGGACCCUUGGUAGUGGGGGUCAGCAUAUAUUGGACUACUUGAAACGGAUGCACGCGGAGAAUCCUUCUUUCUAUUAUGCAGUUCAGGCUCAGGGUGAUAAUGAUCAUACUGCUGGAAACAUAUUUUGGACGGAUGCAACAUCUAGGCUGAACUAUUCUUACUUUGGAGAUACUGUCACAUUUGACACAGCAUACAGAUCGAAUCGGUAUAGGGUUCCAUUUGCCUCUUUCACAGGGCUGAAUCAUCAUGGUCAGCCUGUGUUGUUUGGGUGUGCUCUAAUUCUUAACGAAUCUGAGUCUUCAUUCAUCUGGCUGUUUCAAACCUGGCUUCAUGCAGUGUCUGGGUGCCACCCUGUCUCCAUCACAACUGACCCAGAUAGCUUGAUUCAGGUAGCUGUGACACAGGUUCUUCCUGAAACCCGUCACCGUUUCUGUAAAUGGGGAAUAUUUAGAGAAACACAAGAGAAACUGGCUCAAAUUUAUCAAUCACAUCCUGUGUUUGAAACUGAAUUUCACAAGUGUAUUAAUGAGACUGAAACAAUUGAUGAAUUUGAGUCAGCUUGGCAGUCACUGCUGGAAAGAUACUAUGUAAUGGAUAAUGAAUGGCUGCAAUCAAUGUAUAAUGCUCGGCAACAAUGGGUUCCAGUUUAUAUGCGAGACACCUUUUUUGGCGAGAUGUCUGCUGCUGACAGAAGUGGAGGGAACUUGUUCUUUGAUGGAUAUGUGAAUGCAUCAACUACCAUACAGAUACUCAUAAAACAGUAUGAGAAAGCUGUAGCGAGCUGGCAUGAGAAGGAAUUAAAGGCAGAUUAUGACACUACCAACACUGCACCGGUGCUGAAGACACCAUCUCCAAUGGAAAAACAAGCAGCGAACCUCUAUACAAGAAGAGCAUUUAUGAAAUUUCAAGAGGAAUUGGUUGAGACCCUUGCUAAUCCUGCAACUAAGAUUGAUGACUCAGGAGCCAUCAUAAUGUAUCGUGUGGCCAAAUUUGGUGAAGACCACAAAGCUCGAACUGUCAGUUUCAAUUCUUUUGAGAUGAAAGCUAGCUGCAGCUGCCAAAUGUUUGAAUAUUCAGGAAUAAUUUGUAGGCACAUUUUAGCAGUUUUUAGAGCAAAAAAUGUUCUUACAUUACCUUCUCAAUAUGUAUUAAAACGAUGGACAAGAAAUGCCAAGACCGGAGUUGUGACAGAUGAACCGUCAUCUGAAUUGGCAAAUAAUGCUAGAGAGUCUUUAACGGUUCGAUAUAACAAUCUACGCCAGGAAGCGAUCAAAUAUGUUGAAGAAGGGGCAAAAUCAAUUCACAUUUAUAAUGUUGCAAUGGAUGCUUUACAAGAGGCUACCAGGAAGGUUGCUGCCGCAAAGAAUCAAGGUUCUGGAGUCACUCAUGCCAGCACUUUGACAAAUGGAGGUAGCCAAGAGUUGCAUUUAGCUGAAGGAACUCCAACGCUUCAAUCGACGGAUGAGAAGGAAAAGAAAAUUCGUGAAAUGACAGCGGAGUUGGAAAGCAUAAAUCAUCGAUGCGAAGUUUACCGGACAAAUCUGCUAGCCGUUUUACGAGACAUGGAAGAACAGAAAUUAAAGUUAACAGUGAAGGUGCAAAAUGCGAGGCUUAGUUUGAAAGAAUGAUAGCGUUGUAAGGGCAAGUCAAUAGUCUGCUUUACCAUUCUGUAUCAUUUGUGGCGAAAUAAUUUGUUCAGAUUGUAGUUUAGAAUGUAUGACAAAGACUUCGGAUAAUCUUAUACUACAGUAUUCUUGAAUGUAACUUCAAUCAUAGGGUUCUUCUCAUAA